ACGUGUUUCGGCUCAAUUCCUGUUUUCAUCCCUGUAGCUCGUGAUUCCAGUCGGAGAGAGGCGCUGUGUUCGCAUCCCGGUGGAUCCUCAGGACGGGACUCUCACACACACACACACACACACACACACACACACACACACAGUCUGUCGCCAGCGUGUGAGUGCGAACGGAUUCUUGCCCUUUUCACCGGGGAUCUACGGCCACACGGACCCAGUGCGUCAAAAUGCGUGGCUGAAGAGCGCGUCUCGGGAUCGCCUCGGUCUGAAUCCCUUGUUUUGUCCUCCCGUGACUCUCCGAAGUGAGGCUUCUCUCCGUCCAGCGCGGCGAUCAUGUCGGGGAAAAUAGAAAGCAAGCACGAAUCUCAGAAGUCUCACCUCUCCUCCUUCACGAUGAAACUGAUGAAAUUUCAUUCCCCCAAGAUUAAACGCACCCCGUCUAAGAAAAGCAAGCAGCUCCAGCCAGAGCCAGCGGUGACGACUCCGGAGAAACCCGUCAACAAGAAGGUGAGUCGGUUGGAGGAACAGGAGAAGGAGGUGGUGAGUGCUCUGCGUUACUUUAAGACGAUCGUGGACAAGAUGAGCGUCGAUACGAAGGUUUUGCAGAUGCUUCCUGGUUCGGCUAGUAAAGUACUGGAGGCCAUAUUGCCUCUGAUGCAAGUAGAGGCUCGGAUACAGCACAGCUCGGCGGUGUCCUCUUGUCAUAACCGCGUCUAUCAGAGUUUGGCCAAUCUCAUUCGCUGGUCCGACCAGGUGAUGCUGGAGGGCAUCGACCUCGACGACAAGGACACCGUGGCAACCGUCACCACGGUGAUCAAAGCUGUGCUGGAUGGCGUGAAGGACCUGGUGAAGCUCACUAUAGAGAAGCAGGAGCAACCGUCCCCGACGUCCCCCAGCAAACCAGCGCCUCCGACGGCCAAAACGGAGAGUGUGUGCGAAAAUCCAUUGACCGAACGAGAGAAGGCGAUCCUGAGUAAGACCACGCCCAUUGUCACGCCCACUGACAGCUUGACUGACAUGUCAGAGGAAGAGGUUGCCCCGCCCAAACCUCCUCUACCCGGAGUUAAACUAGCGGAACACAGGAACAGGAUGCAGUUGUGCUCCGAUCCUGUUGCCGGGCAGCGGAGGGCCACGGCGAUGGAAACCCCCCCUGCUCUGCCUCCCAAGAAGCGGCAGUCGGCCCCCUCCCCCACACGUGUUGCCGUGGUAGCGCCGAUGAGCCGAGGCCCGUGUGGUCUCAACCUGCCUUCUGGCGCUCCGAGACAGCAGCAGGAGUUUGACGUGGAUCUCCUCCAGAGGCGCUUCUCCGGCGGGAGCCAGUCUUACGGAGGGGAUUCUCCCCGGCUUUCUCCCUGUAACAGUAUGGGAAAACUCAGCAAGUCGGACGAGCAGCUCUCGUCCCUGGAGCGAGACAGCGGCCAGUGCUCUCGCAACACUAGCUGUGAGACGCUAGAGGGAUACGAUCCCGACUACGACUUCCUGCAUCAGGAUCUGUCCGUAUCCGAGCCUUUACCGUUCCCGACGGGCGCUGGCAGCGGUCUGAGCCCUCUCCCAGAAUGCCACGGGGAGACUCCGUCGUUAAGCCCCGCCCAGGGCCCCGCCCACCCGCGUUUCAGCGCUCCCGUCACGAAUCAGGCUUCCCUGGAGUACUGGAGCCCGCCCCUCGCACCCGGACCGGCCAAUAGCGUGCUUCCCCCCGCCCUCCCGCAGAAGAAGCGCCGGUCCGUGCCGAUUAUAUCCCCGUACCCUCUUUACGAGCGCCUCCCGUCGCACUACGAUAACCUGUCGGAAGAGGAGCAGCCGACCCCGCCGUUCCCGCUGCUGACCCCCGCCUCGCCGGCGCCGCAGGUCAACGGAGGAGACGACCUCUCACGCUGCACGGACACCGACAGCCCACCGCCGCUGCCGGAGAAGAAGGGCAAACAGAUCCUCCAGUACAUGCAGUUUGUGGAGGAUUACUCGGAGCCGCAGCCGUCCGUCUUCUAUCAGAUGCCUCAGAACGAGAGUAUUUACGAGCAGCGGAGGAACAAGCGCUUUCAGGAGGUCUACGGCUUCAACGACUCCUACAGCAGCUCGGACUCGGUCCAUGAAGCCGUCCCUCCGCCGGCGCUGCCUCCCAAACAGAGACAGCUGGCCUCCUACGCUUGUUUUCCUCCUUCAUCCUCCUCUUCCUCUUUUUCCGUGCUCCCUCCUCCCGCUGGGCUUCCGGAGGAGGCGGAGCCUGCUCUCGGUCUCAGCCUAUCAGUGUCUAACUCCUUCCUCAGUGGCCACGCCCCCUUGACCACGCCUGUGAGUUCCGACCCGGUUGGUUUGACCAACGCCGGCAGAGCUCUAGACGGUGGGGGUGUCUCUAACGGGUCCUUGACCAGCUCUCUGGUUUCUCUGGCCGUCUGUCUUCCUUCUGAGUCUUCUCUUUCUGAUUCACUUCUUACUUCCGCGAGUGAAAGCGUGGAUGAAGGCGGCGAGGGAGAGUAUGUGAACCUGUACUCCUCCACACAGGCUAAUGGAGAAAACACACACCGUCCUGAGCCCUCAUCAUGUGACGAUGUGCUUCAGGAACACACCCCUCACAUGCCCGCCUCCGACAGCAAGGAAGCCUUGUCUAAGGACAGGCCGAAGGAAGCCAGUCACGGUCAGAUCGAUGAUGUUGAUGAACUGUCCCUCAUUGAUCAUAAUGACAUUAUGAACCGCAUCACACUCAAAGCAGAGAAUGAUGAUGGUCCUGACGUGAGAGCCGGCUCUGGUGAUAUACUGUUAGUUCACGCUACAGAAACAGACCGCAAAGAUCUGGUGCUGUACUGCGAGGCUUUUCUCACCACCUACAGAACCUUCAUAACGCCUGAAGACCUCAUUAAAAAACUACACUACAGGUAUACCCGCUUCUGUCACAGUCCAGACACCUUCAAGAAGCGCGUCAGUAAGAACACCUUCUUCGUGCUGGUGAGAGUCGUGGAUGAACUCUGUCUGGUGGAGUUGACGGAGGACAUCCUGCGGCAGUUGAUGGAUCUGGUCUUCAGGCUGGUCUGUAACGGAGAACUGAGUCUGGCACGGGUCCUGAGAAAGAACAUCCUCGAUAAAGUGGAACAGAAGAGGCUCCUGCGGCACAUGCACAUGCUGAAGCCUCUCGCCGCGCGGGGCGUCUCCGCCAGACCCGGCACGCUGCAUGAUUUCCGAAGUCAUGAGAUCGCCGAUCAGCUGACGCUGCUGGACGCAGAACUGUUCUACAAGAUUGAGAUUCCUGAGGUGCUGCUUUGGGCGAAGGAACAGAAUGAAGAGAAGAGUCCAAAUCUGACCCAGUUUACGGAGCACUUUAACAACAUGAGCUACUGGGUGCGCUCUAUCAUCAUCCAGCAGGAGAAAGCUCAGGACCGGGAGAAACUGCUGCUCAAAUUCAUCAAAAUCAUGAAGCACUUGCGGAAGCUGAAUAACUUCAACUCGUAUUUGGCGAUCCUCUCCGCGCUGGACUCUGCGCCGAUCAGACGGCUGGAGUGGCAGAAGCAGACGUCUGAGGGUUUGGAGGAGUACUGCACCUUGAUCGACAGUUCGUCGUCCUUCAGAGCGUACCGAGCGGCGCUGGCGGAAGUGGAGCCUCCGUGCAUACCGUACCUGGGUUUGAUUCUGCAGGACUUGACGUUCGUUCACCUGGGAAACCCAGAUUUUAUUGAGGGUAAAGUGAAUUUCUCCAAGCGCUGGCAGCAGUUCAACAUUCUGGACAGCAUGAGACGCUUCCAGCAAGUACACUACGAACUGAAGCGGAACGAAGACAUCGUCUCGUUCUUCAACGACUUCAGCGAUCACCUGGCGGAGGAGGCUUUAUGGGAGCUCUCGCUCAAGAUCAAACCGAGAAACAUCUCGCGGCGCAGGACGGAGCGCGAGGAGAAGACCUAGAACCCCGUAUCUAGAGCCAUUUACGGUGAGACCCGAACCUCCUGCAGAACCUUGGGAGCCCAAAAGCGUUCUUAAAGCGGUUCCGGAGCCGAAAUGGGCCGAACCCGACACACGCGAGCUCCUGUUUGCGCCAAUAAACUGAGACAUCGGCAGUAUUUGUCUUUGUGGAUACACGGAGGGCUCGAGAGGACCCCAGCGCUGUGAUAUAAAGCUAGAUCCUCACAACUUUCUAUGUUUGCGUGUGCUGACGUGUGGCUGUACGGAGAGACGCACUCGGAGAGGGCUUGCUUCAUUUGAUAUUAAUACACUGUGCCUGAUGGAGUGAGGUUGUGUUUGUUUGUCCUGACGUACUGCUUGACCUUCCAAAGGUCAGAUUCCACCCCGUUUGGAAGCGGGCGGACGUGUGUGCAAUCUUAUAAGGGUUUUAUAAGGAGUAUUCGCCGAUCGGUGGGCAGUGGAGUAUAUGGGAUAUAAUAAUGUGCAAAUUAAAGAAUGAACUGGACGUUUGGACUCAUUUUUCACUUCAUCUUGCGAUCUAUUGUUUGGUGUGUGAUCCUGAUAACCGUGUGCCCCGUCACGACCCUGACAGCCCCUCGACCUCCGGAUCGAUCAAGAGCAGGCUUUUAGUUAAAUGCUAAAUUUUGCGUUGUGGCAUUAUCUUCAUGACCGUUGCUUCUUCUUUUUUUCGUGCAUUUUUCGUUCUCGCAGCUUGCAAAAUGCAGAAAACAUAUAUUGUUUAAAAAAAACCUAGGAAUAAAAAAAAAAAACCAUGCAUUUAAGUUUCAGACUUAUUUAAUGAGUAAAAGCAAUACUCGUUAAAAAAGUAAAAUGCGUUUGUAAGGUAUUUGUACUGUAAAUUAAAAUUAAAAAUCUAAUUGUUUAUUGCAUUAAAAAAGCUUUAAAAAUCAAAGAAAAUUGGUGUGUGUGUAUAUAUAUAUAUAUAUAUAUAUAUAUAUACAUACACACACAUAUUAAUUUUAUAUAUAUAUAUAUAUAUAUAUAUAUAUAUAGAGAGAGAGAGAGAGAGAGAGAGCUUAAUUGUCAUGAAUAAAGUGUCAUAAUGCCAAAUUUAAUUUAUCCAAAUCUAACUUAUGUAUUUUUUAUCUUUUGAUUAUUGCAAAAAAUGACCUUAAAGUUUACUAUGAUGUCACAGAGAGGGGCGUGUCUCAGUGUGUGUGUGUAUGAUGUGUUCUGUAUAAACGUAUAUGUACAGUUGUGAUGUAUAAUCUCCCAUCAUGUAGAGAGGGCAGAGGAAAUAUAUUUUCAAACCAAACAUGUCAUGCACUAAAAUAAUUGACAGUAUGAGGCAAAAAUUAUAUAUAUAUAUAUAUAUAUAUGAGGACUGAAUAUGCUGUGAUCUCUGAGCAUCAGAGAGAGAGAGAGAGUGUGUGUGUGUGUGUGUGUGUGUGUGUGUAAGAGGGAGAAUGUGUUUUUUUUUUUUUGUUGUUUUUACAGAAUGCUGUUCUUCAUGUGAGAGAAAGGAAGCUACAAUUGCUUUCUUCAGUGUAUAUGUGUGUGUGUGUGUGCGUGUGCGUGUGUGUGUGUGUGUGUGUGUGCGUGUGUGUGUGUGUGUGUGUGUGUGUGUGUGUGUGUGUGUGUGUGUGUGUGUGUGUGUGUGUGUGUGUGUGUGUGUGUGUGUGUGUGUGUGUGCGUGUGUGUGUGUGUGAUGUUUACCGACUUCUGGGAAUUUUUCCCUGCUAUACCUAUAACGUCCUGUAUAUUCAACCAAUAAAACUGCUCUCUUUGUA